AUGGCACCUUGUGGAUUCUACAGCAAACUUUUCCUCCUUCCUCUAUGCAUACUCGGUCUACUCACCUAUGCAGCAAAUGCAAAUUUAGAUUGGCAUGCUAAAAAACACAAUGCUCCACAACAAUGGACAAACCAUGGUGGAGAUUUGUACAACAGAAGAUAUGCCAACAAGGAGACCAAGAUCAGCCCUGCAACUGUCUCCAAUCUACGUAUGAAAUGGGAAUUUUAUGCAGGAGGUGAUAUAAGUGUAACGCCAGCUGUUUUUGAUGGCACCCUUUAUUUUCCAAGCUGGAAUGGAAACAUAUAUGCAGUUAAAGCGUCUGAUGGCUCCCUUGUUUGGAAGAAGAACCUGCAAACAUUAACCGGCUUUAACAACACUGGUUUCAUUCUCAAUGUCAACUCAACAGUCGCAAGAUCAACCCCAACGGUAGCCGGUAAACUUCUCAUCAUCGGGAUCUAUGGCCCUGCUGUUGUUCUUGCUGUUAAACGGUCAACGGGGGAGCUUGUUUGGUCAACCCGGUUAGAUAAUCACACCAGAAGUUUCAUCACCAUGUCUGGAACUUACUACAAGGGGGGUUUCUAUGUUGGGACAUCCUCACUAGAAGAAGGCCUCAGUGUUGAGCAAUGCUGCACAUUUCGUGGCAGCUUCUCCAAACUUGACGUCCGAACUGGUGCAAUCUUAUGGCAGACCUUCAUGCUGCCUGAAAACUCGGGCAAAACCGGGGAGUAUGCCGGAGCAGCAAUAUGGGGAAGUAGCCCUUCCAUCGAUGUGGUACGAAACCUUGUAUAUAUUGCCACUGGAAACCUAUACUCUGCUCCUCCUCGUAUACUUGAGUGCCAGGAGAGGGAGAAUAACCUGACAGUACCUUCAUCUCCGGAUCAGUGUAUUGAGCCUGAUAACCACUCCAAUUCAAUCCUAGCCCUUGAUUUGGACUCCGGAAAAAUUAAAUGGUAUAAGCAGCUGGGUGGUUAUGAUGUAUGGUUUGGUGCAUGCAACUGGCAUUUGGAUCCCAGGUGCCCUCCUGGUCCAAGCCCAGAUGCUGAUUUUGGUGAAGCACCAAUGAUGUUGACCAUAUCUCUCAAUAGGACUAAGCGGGAUGUUGUUGUUGCUGUUCAAAAAAGUGGGUUUGCAUGGGCUUUAAAUCGUGAUAAUGGCAGUCUUAUAUGGUCUAAGGAAGCAGGACCAGGAGGCCUAGGUGGAGGAGGUAUGUGGGGUGCAGCAACAGAUGAAAGGAGGGUCUACACCAACAUUGCCAACAGCCAGCACAAAAACUUCACUCUCAAACCAUCCGAGAACACCACAAUUGCUGGUGGAUGGGUGGCAAUGGAAGCUCGCAAUGGCAAUAUCCUCUGGUCCACAGCCAAUCCUAGUAAUGCUACCGCCCCUGGCCCUGUUACUGUAGCCAACGGUGUCCUUUUUGCCGGAUCCACGUAUCAACGAGGACCCAUAUAUGCCAUGGAUGCAAAGACAGGAAAAAUUCUGUGGUCUAAUGAGACCGGAGCCACCAUAUAUGGUGGCAUAUCGGUGAGCGAUGGAUGCAUUUACCUUGGCAAUGGUUACAAGGUUACUGUUGGAUAUGUUAACCGGAAUUAUACGGCCGGAACCUCGCUUUAUGCCUACUGCGUAUAA